CAAAACAUUGCUUCAGUUGUCUUUUAACUACCGCGAGGAAUAAACGACGUUCCAAAAAUGUUUGUGCUACUUUUGAUACUUGGAUUUCUAACGUUCGUUGCCUUUAGGAUUAAUCGUGUGAGAAACUACUGGAAUAGUCAGGGUAUUCCCAAUAUUCCCUCUAUUCCUUUCGUGGGAAAUUUCUGGGAAACUUUUGCCUUCAGAAAAUCGGGUGCAGAACAAUUUGAGGAUUUGUAUUAUGAUGAAAAAACGAAAAGUGAGCCCGUCGUUGGAAUACAUUGUUUUCAGAAACCAUCUCUUAUGGUUAAAGAUCCUGAACUUAUCAAACGCGUACUUAUAAAAGAUUUCAGCAACUUUUCAGAUCGGCAUGUAUCAUCAGAUCCUCACUCUGAUGCACUUGGAAGCAACAAUUUAUUCAUGAUGAGAAAUCCCGAAUGGAAAGAGAUGCGAGCCAAGUUGUCUCCGGUUUUCACAUCAGGCAAAAUGCGACACUUCUUCAAUCUCAUGAUGGAUGUUGCAGCAGAUCUGGAAAAGUGCCUUGCCAGGCAGACAAUUCAAUCUGGUACUAAUUCCUUCACAACGGAAAUGAAGGAGUUUUGUGCAUUAUUCACAACUGACGUCAUUGCUAGCUGUGCAUAUGGCGUCGAAGCUCACAGCUUAGUGGAUCCGAAUUCAGAUUUUCGACGAAACGGACGAAAAGUCUUUGAUUUCAAUUUUAGACGCUCAAUUGAACUCAACAGUUUCUUCCUUCUUCCGGAAAUUGUCUCAUUGUUUAAAUUUAAACUCUUUUCUAAGGAUACCAGUGACUUCCUGAGAUCAACCAUACAACACGUCAUGUUAGAACGUGAAAAGACAAGAACAACUCGUAACGAUCUCAUUGACGUUUUGAUUGCUUUGAAAAAUUCUAAGCGAGAUAAGGAAGAUAGAAUAUUAUUCCAAGGAGAUGUCCUCGUAGCACAAGCUGGUGUUUUCUUCACGGCAGGUUUCGAGACGUCAUCCGCCACGAUGUCCUUCGCCCUAUAUGAGCUCGCUAAGCAACCCCAACUCCAAAAGCGUCUUCAACAGGAAAUUCGGCAACAUGCUGAAAAGCACGAUGGAAAAUUGACUUACGACAAUAUCAAUGAAUUGGAGUAUUUAACAAUGGUCAUUCAAGAAACUCUCCGAAUGUACCCACCACUUCCAUUUCUGGAUAGAAUCUUCACACCAACUCCGGAUAAGUCAACGUAUUCUAUGGCGCCAUAUGCCAAUUACUCCAUGCCCCCCGGAAUGCCCAUCUUUAUUCCAAUCUACUCAAUUCAGCGAGAUCCAAAAUUCUACCCAGACCCAAAUACCUUCAAUCCAGACCGUUUUGCACCUGAAAACAAGGACAACCUCAAUCAAUCUACUUACUUUGCAUUUGGAAUUGGACCCCAUGACUGCAUUGGCAAACGCUUUGGCUUGAUGCAAGCCAAGAUAGGGUUGAUCAGCAUCCUCAAGCGCUACACUGUGGAAUUCACCCCAGAUACACCCAAAACAAUGAAGUUAGAGAAGAAAGCACUAAUCCUUCAGGCCAAGGGCGGCAUUCACCUCACCGUCAAGUGCGAGUAGAACUUUCGUGACUUUUGCAAUUCACGACACAAUGGUGAAAAUUGCUAUAAUGUCAUGUUGUUUCUUGCGUGAUUAAAGUGCAAGAGUUCACACUUGAAUCACUAGGUGUUGACUAUGUCUUCUGUACUAUUUGUGUGCACUUACAAACUUUUGUAGAACUUUUGGUUGAGGACAAUAAAACAUUUGAAUAGGGGCUCUGACUUCUUUAUUACACCUCCUCUUUUCAUUUAGUUGGCAAAUUCACAAUUCAUUCUGAUACAAAAAUAGAUAUAUUGUUUAUUUUCAGUUCAUCACCUGUUGCUUUAUUAUGAAUGGAUACUAAUGUUUUUGAACAAUAUAUGUCUUUCUUUGUAAUUUACUAUCUUCAAGAUAUACAAUCAAGUAUUACAAACACAAAAUAGGCAAAAAUCUAACUAAACUAGAUUGAUUCUCAGUCAAGUAAUGCUGUAGCUUUUACUUUAUACACAUAAAUUUUAUAUCCUUAAUGGAAUUGAUACUGUACUUUUAAAAGGAUCAUUUGCAAAGUUACAUCGAGAUAUUUCACAUAUUUGCUCAAUAUUCUUCAAAUUACACAAUUCUUAAAACAUCAUAAACAAAAAUAAAAAUAUCAAAAGUCUAGUUUUUCUAUAAUUUCUAUUGAAAAUAUUGAAUGUCUUAUAAAGAACAAAGCUAUAUACUUUAAAACCAAAUUCUCUAGAACGAUACGUUGUUAUGACUCAUUUCUGCAUCACAAUAAUUUGAAAACAAAUGGGGAUAAGGAUGGCAAACGAUCCAAAAAGUUGUGCGAUCCUAAUUGAGCACCCCCUUUCUUAAGGACAUAGAAAGUGUUGGUAAUUAAAAAGAAUAAACUCUUAGAAAUAGCGAAAAUGGAUAGUUGGGUAUUUUUAUAGACACUUAACGAUCGUUUUAUCUAGAGGUUUGUCUUGAAUUGCUAAUUGGACAUCUUUUCUGGCAAAUAAUGCCGAGUAAAAUUUGGGUGUGAGUGGAAAAUUGUAGUAUAAAAAGGGUAGCUAAAUUCAAGGAUACAGUUCAGUCACAGUGUAAACGUAGCCCAGGCCACUGGGUAGUGUAACCUUCUUCAAUAAAAAGUGUAGCAGCCCAAAAAUAGUGUUUAAUUGAGGAAAAAUUUUAGCUGGAUCCGGAGCCAACAAGGUGAACCUCUCUUUGGUUUACCACAACGUAGUUUUCUAAGAAGAUUAUCAAACAAUACGUACAUGGUAUAUCUGGAAAAUUUUAGUAUAAAUUGGGUAGCUAAAUUCAAGGAGUCAGUUCAGUCAGUGUAAACGUAGGCCCAGGAUCACUGAUGGCAAAGAAUCAACAGAUUGCAAAGAAUCAUAUCAUGGAAAAUAAAAUAGCAAGCAGAGAUAUAUGACAGAAAAGCACUUGAAUCCGCACCAUUCAAAAUAGGAGAUCAAGUGUUAAUAGUAAACAAAUCACUGUCCAAAUAGAAUGAAGCAUUGAAAUUUCUCCAAUGUGGGCCCUAUCCAAUAGUAAAUACACCAUCCCCACCACAUCAACUAUUCUUAUUGGAAAAAGAUCCAAGACAUACCAUAAUAACUUACUCCGCAAGUUCAAAGCAGAAGAUCAUUAAGAAAAAAAUAGAACAAAUGAAUAAAUAGAUUAAGUACUUGACCCAAAGAAAUAGAAGAUUAUCUAAGAUUGGAUUCAUUCACUUAGGACAGUCUUACUCCAACGAGUCAAGAGUGAACACAAAAUGAAUUUGUUCCGUGAAGUCUUAACAUACUUAGGCAGCCUAUGGACGUUUAUCCGAGGCCACCCCGAUUUUGAAAUGCGACACGCAAUACAGGACAGCCCAUGGGGGUUAGAUUUCAUUGGAAGCCAGAGAACCCUCCGAUGUUUAUAAUAUGUUAGGAAUCCUAGUAUGGGAUUUCGACAGCUUUCUCCACUAGAGACGAGAAGUGAAAUUUUUAUAAGCACUUAAGAAUCGUCCUCAGACGAUCUUUCUCUCUCUAUUGUACAAAAAAGUCUAGCUGUUUAGAAUUGAGAUUUCUAAAAAUUAAUCGAAAAUUUUUAUUUAAAUGAAUUUGAAAAGUCGAAAUGAAUUUAUUGGGAUAUGGAAAUUUAUUAAUGAAAUUUUGAAAUUUAAAAAUCCUAAACUGCUAGAAAAAUGUAAACAAGGAGGGGAAGUUGUCAAAAAUGUUAUUACGUAACCUAAUUUGUGAGAGGAAGGAAAGGAAAAUUGUGAAGUGAAAAAAGGUGGAUAGUUUGAAUAGGACAAAGGAUAGUGAGGAGUUUGUGAAAAGGAAAGGAAAAAGGGAAACAUUUGUGGAAAAUAAAUAAUUGGUGGAAAGAAAAAUACGCAGUUUUAUUCGGCAAAUCGGCAAUAUCAUCAAGUCGUCAAGGUCGAAAAGGUCAUCCCAAGAUCGCAGAAGAAAACAGCUGGAAAAGCGCGCUUUCGAUCCGGAUAUCGCCCCCAUAGAGAACUAAUCGAAGUCUCCUUCUAUUUUUAGGUUUGUGGUUCGAGAAGAUCUCUGUGAGCUGAGGACAAAGUCCAAUUAAUUUACUAAUUUUCAAUCUUCAAUUAUAUUUUAGGUUUGUAACCUCUACAACCUCUAUUAGACACUUCCGGACAAUCAACUCAUUUAUUGAAAUUGUGUCUCCAAUUAUAUUUUAGGUAAUUUACCCUACACUAGCUAAAUAAAAUCAGUUAGUUAAGUCUUGAAUGAAACUUCGCCUAGGUCAUUGGGUAGUGUAACCUUC